AUGCAGCCAACGCCUACGAAGAAGAUGAGGAGCUAUCGGCUGCUCCUGUUGGCCACCAUCCUUCUGGCCACCUCCUUUAAUUUGGCCAACUCGGCGCCGCAACAGGCGGCCAUUCCGCUGACGUGGCGGGAUCUAAUUGGGGCCUUGAACUUCCCGGAGUCGCAGGAGGGGAAACCGCAGCCGCAGGAGACUCCCGAGCCGCGUGACCUGCAGCAGCUGCUCCUGCUGACCAGCGGCCUGAGUCCCAGCCAGAUUGCCCAGCGGAGCAGCGGCCAGGGCAGGAACUUCAGAGUCCCUCAAACCACCCUCAUCGUGAUCAACGGCACCGGCGGCAGCAGCGCCACUCCAGCCAAUAUCACCAACAACAACACCAACACUGUGGUGGCCAACAACACCACUCCGGCGACCACAACGACGACGGGCACUCGAACCUCGGAGUUCAUCCGGGCGCCAAUUGGCUAUCCGGCCGGACUGCCGAUGCAGUAUUUCCGGAAGCGACAGGACGACGGAUCAUCGCCGGCCAUUUCCUACCCAGAGCUCUUUGGCUGGAACCCGGAGGCGGCCUUCUACGGGGGGGAUUUGUCUGGUUACGGGGGUGGCUUAGCCACCUACCCCUAUGCCGGUCUGGGUGGCCUCAACGGGGGCUACAGUCCGCUGGCCGGGGUGCCCCUGGUGCCCAUCACCGUGGGCAACGAGGUGCGCUAUGUGCCGCUCAAUCUACGCAUGUUCCGCCAGUUGGCCAGGAGUCCGGCUCCUCUGCCCGCUGUCCGGGAGCAGGAGGAUCAGCUGGAGGAGGACGACAUCGCCGGCUUUGGCCUGGCCCCCGAACUGGAGGUGGAGGUGGAGCCGGAGGAGGAGGGGGAGCAGGAGCAGGAGCAGGCCGGUCACUCGACAGGCGGCGGCUCGCCGGGCUACGGCCUCCUCGGCCAGCGGAUGAGGCCGCGUCCCUUGGUCCGCCGGCGACCUCUGCAGUCGCUGGCCCAGAAUAUUCGUCGGGUGCAGUACCUCAGGCGGUGA